AUGCCCUCCCUCACCCUGACCGACCCGGACAUGAUCCUGCCGUAUGACGGCAGCGAACGCGAAUCCCAGACGCCCUCCCCGCCCUCGCAGUUGGUCUACUUGACCAACCUGAAUGCGCGCUACAAUGCUGCCGACCCCCAUGCCGGCUCGAGCGUGCCCGCGAGCCGCGCCAAGAAAAGUUUUUCGCGACACAACUGGCCGCACGAGGAUGUGAAUGCUCGCCGGCUGUCGGAUAUCGGGGAGGAGCUCUCGCCAUCAUACUUGGAUGGGUUUGAGGGCGACCUGCCGACACCACGGUCCCAACAGACAUCGGCUGCUCAAUUGACCGUACCGGUGAAGAAAGACCAGGCGGGAUGGAGUAGCUCCAACUCGACGGUCAGUGCAGGGAGCGGGCGCGCAUCGCGAGAGGUCUCGCCGCCGACGGCGCGGGAGGCGCCCCCGAAACUGGCGGAGGAAGUCAACAAAUCGAAUGGUGGGACCGAGAAUACAACCAUGGGCAGCUUGCCGGCUAGUCAUGUCAUCGCGUCGGCGGCCAAGGGCAAAGGCCCUGGGGAAGAGUUCUCGUCGGCGAUCCUAAGCAGUGAAGCGGAGCGAAUUCUUGAGAAUGCGAAAAAACGAUUGACGCUGAUGGAAGGUAAUUUGAACCGCGCGCGUUCGUCGGUUCGACUCACUCCCUCGCCCUCGCCCUCGGCCCCGGGGAAUAUCUCACCCAUGGGCCUUCACCAGCCCGUCGGCGGCCUGUACAGGUCGAUCUCACGGACGGACCGCAAGGGAUCCGCGCUUCGACGACAAUCGUUCCUGCCCUCACAGGAUGCGUCGACCAAGCGCCAUUCGCGCGUACAUAGCGAGACGAACUUCCCGCCUGAAUCGAGCCUCUCGACCGAUACAAAGCAAUUAUCCCGCUCAGUCAGCGCCAUGGGUUCCAGCAGCAUCUCCAGCUUCCACAACGACGAACGGACCUUCCAAUAUGACCGGAGCCGGUCGUACUUGACUCAUCGAGCAUCUAUAUCCUCCAUGAAACCGCCGCACUUGGAACUGGCUCAGUCAUCCCACUCCAGGCAAUCGCCUGCGCCUCUCGAGUCCCCAGUGGUGCUGGAAUCUCCGGUAUCCCAAGGGGGCAGCUCGUCAGAAUCCCCACAGGGCCUUGGCAUCUCUGCGGAUGAUGAAUCGAAGUCCAAUGGGGGCGACUUCAGCCCGGUCUACAGCUCGUAUGGCCCUCCCAGCCGUGCUCAGUCUCAGCUGCAGGUCCGGGACCUUCAGUACCAGAUGAAGGGGCUGCACAUCAAAAUCUCCUCGCUCAAAGUGCGGACACAGGAAGACAACCUCCGCCGCCGCAGCCUGCAAAGCCUCCGCACACCGAGUCCCCUGACGGCUGCGGAUCCCUGGUAUCAAAACGGCUUGGAAAUUCGUGAUGGCCGCAGUAGUCAAGGCUCUGCUCGACGGGAUGGGAGCUCAGAGUACGCUCGAGAGACCCACUCUCGAUCGUAUGAGGAUGCCCAGGCAAGAGAUCGGCACGACUCGUAUAAUCCUGGGCGAUCGGAUGAGAGCCCCGGGGAGAAAAGCCCGAAUACUCCAGAGGAGGCGUGGCAGCGUCAGGGAAAAGCUAGUUACCAUGAUGGGCGGCAGUCUGCCACAGACAGCAUGUAUGAAGACGCGGAAGAGGGCGACUAUUUUGACGACGGUGAAAUUGACCGAGAGGCGCUCGAUGAGAUCUUGCGGGAGCCACUGGAUGCCGACCUGGCAACGCCUCACGAGGAGCGUGAAGAUGCUUUCGACUACGAACAUUUCAUUCUCCACAGCGCUUUGGGUAAUUAUACGCAACAGCUCCGCCGGACCAGCAUGAGCUCUCGUGGAUCUGUCGAGACCACCCGCCCCACUCAGUCCGUUCGACACUCGCGCACCAACAGCUCCAUGUCCGUCUCGACCCAGGCGACAUUCGCCACUGCCACUGAGGGUGAGCCGAUGCCGGACGAUGCAGAUGAUAUUCUGUACUGGGAUCGUCGAUUCAACCAUGAACUCCGUCACCAGCACACGCACAAUCAACACGUCAGCCCUCCCAUCGGGACUGAUCGCUCUCAAACUCCUCGUGGACCCCGACAAGACGGGACUGACACACCGGUGAAUGUCCCGCAGUCCCCAUCGCGAGUCAUGGACCUGAGCGGUCGGUCUCCAUCGAACGCUGGGUCUGCCACCCCGACAUCUCUCGUCUCGUCCCUAGUUUCCACCGUGCGCGCCGCCUCGAGCCCUCACCCGGGUCCUGUGAGCCCAACAUCGGGGGGCAUUAACGAUGACGAUACUCAAAUGCUGGAGCAGCUUUUUCAGAGCCUCGGCAAUGUGUGCAUGGAUCUUCAGGCAAUUACGACCUCCCCCGACCCCGAUGUGAAGGCCGCUCGCGUUCUGCGGCGCCGUCUGGAUGCAGCCCGGCGAGUCUUAGAAGGCGAGCUUGACGCUUGA